AUGGCAGCUAACCCCAAGGUGUUCUUUGAUAUUACCGCCGGCGGCUUUCCUCUUGGCCGGAUUACAAUGGAGCUCUACUCCGAUAUAACACCUUUUACAGCCGAAAACUUCCGUGCUCUGUGCACGGGAGAAAAGGGAAUUGGCCGAAGCGGCAAACCCCUUCACUAUAAGGGUUCAUCAUUCCACCGUGUGAUCCCUGGCUUCAUGUGUCAGGGUGGAGAUAUCACAACCGGAAACGGAACUGGUGGAGAGUCGAUCUAUGGGGCCUACUUCGGCGACGAGAACUUCGUGAAGAGACACACCGGACCUGGUAUUCUGUCCAUGGCUAACGCUGGACCCAACACCAACGGUUCUCAGUUCUUCAUUUCUACUACUACGACUCACUGGCUUGAUGGAAAGUAUGUCGUGUUUGGACAUGUUACUGAGGGUUUGGAAGUAGUGUUGGAGAUGGAGCUUUACGGUUCCCUCAAUGGCGAGACUGCCAAGCCAAUUGUGAUAGCUGACUGCGGUCAGAUUUGA